ACGGGAUAAUCACAUUAUCACCAUUGAUGACUCACCAAUGCCCAAACGUCGCGGGCUGGCAAGUUGGAAGAUCACUGUCCAAUGCCUUCCCGAAAUAUAGAUUAGACUACACAUAUGCCACACUCAAGAAUAUUCCCUGCUCCAGAACCCUCACCCCUACAAAGCCCAUCAUAUCACAACUAUACUCCAUUUCGAAAUUCAGACACCCCUAUAGUCAUUGACAACGGGUCCAACCAGCUUCGAGCAGGAUGGGCCACCGACGAAGUGCCUCGCUUGCAGUUUGAAAAUAUUGUCGCAAAGUAUAGGGGCAAGUCGACAAGAGAUGCGCUGUUGGUGGGGAAUGAUGUCCAUAUUGGUGGGAUGAGGUCCAAUAGCAAAUCGGCGUUUGAGUCUGGGGUGCUGAUAAAUUCUGCGACCUUUGAACACACUCUGGACUAUGUGUUUUCAAAGCUGAGCAUUGAUACAGAACGGAUAUAUCAUCCUAUAGUGAUGAGCGAGGCAUUAUGCACCCCAUCUUACAGUCGAAAAUUGGUAUCUGAGCUACUUUUCGAAGGAUAUCAGGUCCCUUCUGUUGCCUAUGGGAUAGACGCACUGUUUAGUUACUAUGGAAAUCGUGGAUCGUUCGACGCUGGAAUGAUCAUUUCAUCGGGCAACGUAGCUUCGAGCAUAAUUCCAGUCCUCGGGGGACGCGGUAUCACGGAGCAUUGUAAACGAAUAUCCUACGGGGGUCAACAUUUGUCGGAUUAUAUGCUGAAGCUGCUUCAAUACAAGUAUUCCUCGUUCCCACACAGAGUGACGCUCGACCAAGCACAGGAGUUAGUGAAGGAACAUACGUAUGUGUCCUUGGACUACAUGGCAGAGCUGCGAGAGCUUGCUGUCCCAGAAAAGAUCGAUAAGAAGGAACACAUAAUUCAAUUCCCCUUUGUGGAUAAGGUUGACGCCAGAGAAGCUCAGGAAGAGGCAGAGCGAUUGAGUCAGAAAAGAAAAGAGCAAGGACGGCGGCUUCAGGAAAUGGCUGCACGUAAUCGCGAGGAAAAGUUACAACGAGAAGAGGCAAAUCUAGCGGACCUGACGGAGCUACAGAAAGCAAAGUCCUCGGAAACUCGAGCCGAAUUCACGGCCAGGUUGAGGAGUGCGGGUUUUCAGUCCGAGGCCGAGCUUGAAAGCGCAGUGAAGGCAUCUGAAGCUGCCAUAAAACGGAUACGAAAUCGCAUGCAAGGAAUUGAAGAACCGGAGGAAAAGGUUGUGCCUUCCUUCCCUUUAGUGGACAUCCCGGACAGCGAGUUAUCGGAAGAGCAAAAAAAGGAGAAGAAGAAGCAACGAUUGCUCAAGGCGGGCUGGGAGGCAAACGAACGCAAGAAAAGAGAAAAGGAAGAGGAACGGGCACGAGAGGCUGAGCUCGCCCGACAAGAAGAGGAACGUAGACUGCGGGAUCCUGAUGGAUGGCUUGAGGAGGUUAGAACAAGGCGACAGUUGUUGCUUGAUAAAGUACGGGCUCGAUUGCGAAAAAAAGCGCAACUUACGGAUCGCCGCAGCCGGGAGUCUCAAAUGAGAAUGAAGAAUAUAGCGUCCCUCGCAGCAGAGGAAACGCCAGUUAAGCGACGACGCGGAGGAAACAGCGAGGACACGUUUGGGGCUAACGAUGACGAUUGGGGUAUUUAUCGCGAAAUCAGCAGAGAAGAAGACAGCGAUGAGGAUGAGGAUGCUGUAGCGCUUAGCAAGCUGGAUGACUUGCUAAUGACGCACGAUCCCGGUUUUGUGCCAGAGAAUCCAUAUGAUGAGCGCCCAUUCCAAAAUACCAUUAUAUUCCGCCUUGCCCAUGGACCAAGAAACGUGGAUCCGGAAGAUCCGGCUAUUCAAAACCAGAUUCACUUGAAUGUAGAACGGAUACGGGUUCCUGAAGUGCUUUUUCAGCCUAGCAUUGUGGGGCUUGACCAAGCGGGGAUCAUCGAGACGUUUGCGGAUAUUCUAAAGCGGUUUUCUGCGGAGCAGCAGACCCGAAUGGUGCAGAGCGUGCUUAUUACCGGCGGUAAUACCCUGUUCACAAAUAUGGCACAAAGAAUAGAAAAUGACAUUCGUGCUCUACGUCCAUAUGGCUCAUCGAUACGUGUUUUACGCGCUGCAGAUCCUCAACUGGAUGCUUGGAAAGGAGCAGCCCGAUGGGCAUCCUCCGACAGUGAUGGUUUCAAACAAAGUGUUGUUACAAAGGAAAUGUACGAUGAGUACGGCCACGACUAUCUCGUGGAGCAUCCUAUGAGUAACAAAUAUUGGCGCAUGCAGGGAUGAUGGGGUCAAGGCGGCUGUUUCGCUACAAAUCAUGUAAAUUUGAAAAUGUAAUGUACAUAUAUGGUUUCCAUAUUAUAUAGCCAAGGGGAUAGGUCGAUUUACAGUUCUUCAUGGCCAGCCUUUUUC